AACAUUCAACUCAAGCGAUACUUUCACAUUUCUUGGAAAUGCAACUUGCGCAAAAAACAAUCAACUUUCGAUGGAAACGAGCCAAAAUUCAACGCCCCUUCCAGAACGUCGAUCGGGUGUUGAAUAAUAUUCUUUCUUAUCGCAGGCCUCUAAUCCUUUCUUUCUUCUUCUAAAAAAAAAAUCUUGUUCUUGGCUGGAUUUUGAUCGAUUUCUUGGAUGAUGGGUUGGAGGUACAGAGCAGGGCUGGGGAUGAUCGGGGCUUUUGUCUUGAUAUGGGUCACAGCUGCAGAGGUCACACAGAAAAUUUUCACGGAAUACAGGCAGCCUUUUGCUCUUACAUAUUUGUGGAUAUCUCUAAUGGUAGUUUAUAUCCCGAUAGCAUUUUGUAGAGAUUUGUUGUAUAAGCUUUGGGACAGUAGUUGGAUUAAAAGGAUUCAUGGUAGCAAUGGUGUAGUUUCAUGGCCAUUAGGCCGGCUAGAUUUUCGCCGGAAAGUCGCCGGGGCCGGGGAGGAUCCGGAAGUGGCACUCAAGAACUAUUUUAUGACAGAUGUAAGUUUAAGUGAAACCGAAGCCGGGGUGCCAUUGUUGAGCCCCGGAGACGAGUUCAUGAUUGUUGAAGAUGAAUGUCGGGACAGCACAUCCGAAGUGAUCAAAUGUAGCCUUUAUCUUGCCCCGAUAUGGUUUAUCACCGAGUAUUUAUCGAACUCUGCUCUGGCAUACACGAGCGUGGCGAGCACGACUGUCCUGACUUCAACUUCGGGGCUGUUCACGCUGAUUUUCGGAGCCCUAAUCGGACGGGAGACGGUGAAUGCUGCAAAGAUCGCAGCUGUUUUGAUCAGCAUGGCCGGCGUAGCAUUGACUACCGUUGGAAAAACAUGGGCUCCCGAUGAAGUUCUUAGCGCCUCCGAGACGAGAAGCCAUUCCAUCAUCGGAGACGUCUUUGGGCUGCUUUCUGCCGUAUUUUACGGCUUAUUCACAGUUCUUCUCAAACGAUCGGCCGGAUCAGAAGGAGACAAGGUCGACGUGCAGAAGUUUUUCGGAUAUAUUGGACUCUUUACAUUACUCGGUCUCUGGUGGCUCGCAUGGCCUCUAAAUGCCGUCGGGAUUGAGCCUUCAUUCAAGCUUCCAAGUUCAUCGUCUGUUACCGAAGUUGUUCUGCUCAAUGGCUUCGUUGGAAGCGUUCUUUCGGAUUACGUCUGGGCGAUGUCCGUCGUAUGGACAACUCCGUUGGUCGCUACGCUCGGGAUGUCGCUAACGAUCCCCCUAGCAAUGGUCGCAGACAUGUUCGUCCACGGUCGUCAUUACUCCGCAAUUUACAUCCUCGGCUGCGUUCAGGUCUUUGCAGGAUUCAUUCUUGCCAAUCUCUCCGACAGGUUUUCUCGCAAGAACAGAUGAAGAUUCGUCGAAUUUUACGCGUAGGUAGUUUUGUAUCGAACCGUAUAUUGUAUAAUAUGCUCUACAUUGUUUGGGAUUUAAGUUCGAUAAUCGAUAACCAUUAUUUGAACCAAA